AUGGUGCCUGGGAGCCAUCGAUCGCCCUCUCCUCCUCCUCCUCUUGCCACCUUUGGGAGCAAGUUCCCUAGUUUCCUCCAAAGGCAUGGCUUCUUCAAUAAGAGGUUUAAAGCUCUGUGUCCACUUGUUCUUUCUCUUUUGGAAAAAAACCCAGCUGUUUAAAGCAGAAUCGCAAAAAAUAUAUAUACAGUGGUACCUCGGGUUAAGUACUUAAUUCGUUCCAGAGUUCCAUUCAUAACCUGAAACUGUUCUUAACCUGAAGCACCACUUUAACUAAUGGGGCCUCCUGCUGCCACUGCGCCGCCGGAUCCCGAGUUCUGUUCUUAUCCUGAAGCAAAGUUCUUAACCUGAAGCACUAUUUCUGGGUUAGCAGAGUCCGUAACCUGAAGCGUCUGUAACCUGAAGCAUAUGUAACCCAAGGUACCACUGUAUGGCAAUUUGGUUUGCCCAUGGAUUGCCAUUUGUUCCGAUUCCGCUUUAAAGAGCAGGUUUCUGCAGGGAAGGCUCCAGAGAAAAGAAAGAGCACUGCAUUUUAAAGCUCUGGCGUAGAAGGAAGAUAAGUGUGGAUAAGCCCAUAGUCGAGGAACGUUCCAUCGUUCAGGCUUUUGGGAUUUUUAAACACCAGGUUCCCCUGGGGAAGAGGAAGAGCCCCUCUUUGGACGCAGGCGGCUCACUCUUCCUCCUCCAGUUAAGGCAGGGGUUGUGUGUCUGCCUGAAACCCAGGAGAGUCGCUGCCAGUCUGAGCAGGCAAUACUGAACUAGAUGGACCACUGGUCUGGCUCACUAUAAGGCAGGGUUUUCCGGACAGAAGCGAGGCAGUUUGGCCGGCCUCAGAGGAGCAGUCUGUGCAAGACGGGGCGAGACUUGGUGACUUUGCCUUGUCUUCCUGCUUCCCUCCCAGCGCACUCCAACCGCCAGCUCAGCUCAGUCUGGGUGACAGUGACGACCCGCCACAGUCCCGCUCUCACUGGAGAGUGGCAGGAGGGUAGUUUCUUCUUGGCUGCGUGCGCUGUGCGCUCGUGCAUGAUCCCGUCUCGCUGGAGGGAGCGCUCCUCACGUCCUUGCUCCAACUGGGACGCUGGAGCGGAAACCGUCACCUCCCGCGUCUCCUCGUCCUCUUGUCACAUCGAUUGCACGGGACGCUUCUCCCCGACUGAGCUCGGAGGGCGCUGGGCGCCUGACGGGAUCCGCUUUCUAACUUGGUCACCAGGCUGUGUGGUGAUCGGGGGUGGGGGUGCCGGGCGACCCGCCCCAGAAGCAAAUGACACAACUCUGGCUUGUUGGAAACAGAAAGCUGCCUUACUCUGAGUUAGAGCAAUGGAGCUCACCAUUCCCUAGGCCAGGGGUUCCCAAAGAGAUGGGAUUCCCCGGGAGGGGUUGGCAAGGGGUGGGUGUGUGGGUGUCGUGGACCACCCGGCUUCAUAAAGAGAGAGUCACAGGACCUGCAACCUUGCUUGUGACUGGCAUCACACUCCAACCAACCGAGCUAUCCAGGAAGUUCCGACCACUUUGCCCGUUGAAUUAGGGCGAGAUGUUUCAGGGCCAACUCUCUGGGGAGCAUCACAACAACAACAACAACAACAACAAUUAUUUAUUAUUUAUACCCCGCCCAUCUGGCUGGGCUUCCCCAGCCACUCUGGGCGGCUUCCAACAAAAUAUUAAAAUACAGUAAUGCAUCAAAGCUGAGGCUCCAAGACCUUGGCCACCUCAUGAGAAGAGAAGACUCCCUGGAAAAGACCCUGAUGUUGGGAAAGAUGGCGGGCACAAGGAGAAGGGGACAAUGAGAUGGUGGGACAGUGUUCUCGAAGCUACCAGCAUGAGUUUGACCAAACUGCAGGAGGCACUGGAAGACAGGAGGGCCUGGCGUGCUCUGGUCCAGGGGGUCAUGAAGAAUCGGACACAGCUAAACAACUAAACAACAACGAUAUAUCAAACAUUAAAAGCUUACCUAAACAGGGCUGCCUUCAGAUGUCUUCUAAAAGUCUGGUGAUUGUUGUUCUCUUUGACAUCUGGUGGGAGGGCGUUCCACAGGGCAGGUGCCACUACUGAGAAGGCCCUCUACCUGGUUCCCUGUAACCUCACUUCUCGCAGGGAGGGAACCGCCAGAAGGCCUUUAUUGCUGGAUCUCUGUGUCCGGGCUGAACGAUGGGGGUGGAGACGCUCCUUCAGGUAUACUGGACCGAGGCUAUUUAGGGCUUUAAAGGUCAGCACCAACACUUUGAAUUGUGCCCAGAAACAUACUGGGAGCCAAUGUAGGUCUUUUGAAAAGGAGAUGACCUCUUGACUCUCUGUCUGGGAUUUGUGAGCUGUGAUCUCAGCAUCGCAGGGGGGUUUGACUAGAUAACACCCAGGGGUCCCUUCUAUGAUUCUAUGGCCUGUGAGGAAUGAAUGCUCGGGGGUGAUACCGUGUGUCCCUCUAGGACAGGGUUUGCCAAACCCAAGCCUCCUGCUGUUUUUCGGACUACAACUUCCACCAUCUCUAGCUAGCAGGACCAGGCGCUGGGGUGAUGGGAAGUCCAAAAGCAGCGGAGACCCAAGUUUUGGAAACACUGAUCCAGGAGAAAAGCCCAGAAAGUGGGGAAUUCUUCCUGCUGCCCUCAUGUGCAUAUCUGUGAUAAGUGAUGGCAGAGCUCCAGUUCCCAAAAGGGGAGCCAUAGCCCCACCCCAUAGGGAAUUCUGCCUGAAAUUUUCCAUAAGUUUACUGAGGGUCAAGGAGUCCUUUUCUGCAAUAGCUGGGGGCACCUAAUGACCCUGUUUGUUUAUUGCUUGCUCUUAUCUCCCCACAACCCUCCCCUUAAUUGCAGGCAAGUCUAGUCUGACCUCCUUCCAGAUUCCGCUAGACUCGCUUUGCUUGCUAGGGAUUAUCUGGCCCAAGGACUGGUGGCGAAGGGGGACGGAGGUGGGGGUUUGCUUUUCUCUCCGCCUGUGGCCUCCGAGGGUGGUCGGGAGGGCAAAUGGGGGAGCUGGCCAGGCGUGGGCACGGGAAACCCCCAGAUCAUGCCAUAGAAACAGCCAAAGAGAGCGCAGGUAGAUGUGGGGAGGUGAUAAGGAUCAGACCAGACUCCAGGGUCAGGGAGAGGAGUUGUGGUGCUCUAGAGCAGGGGUCAGAAAACUUUUUCAGCAGGGGGCUGGUCCACUGUCCCUCAGACCUUGUGGUGGGCUGGAUUAUAUUUUGAAAAAAGUAGAACGAAUUCCUCUGCCCCACAAAUAACAGAGAGAUGGAUUUUAAAUAAAAGGACACAUUCUACUCAUGUUAAAACAAGCUGAUUCCUGGACCGUCUGUGGGCCGGAUUGAGAAGGCGAUUGGGCAGGAUCUGGCCCCCAGAACUUAGUUUCCCUACCUCUGCUCUAGAGAGAUUCCCCCUCCCGACUCUCCCCAGGAAGGAUCACCUGGCGUCUUCCUCAAACGCCUUCAGGCACCUGGUGAAAACCUUCAUCUCCAACCAGGCCGCUGGCUGAUGGAUAUCUGAUGCCCUUUUAAAUGUCCUGGGUGUGUGGGGGGGACUCGGUUUGCUUUUCUUUUUAUUUCUAUUAUGAAUUUUGCGGUUUAGGGAAGUUUUUAAUGUUUGACGUUUUAUUGUGUUUUUAAUACAGUGGUACCUUGGUUUAAGAACAGUCCUGUUUAUGAACAAUUCUGUUUACGUGCAAAACUGGAAGUAGUGUCCCGGUUUGAGAACUUUACCUCGGUCUAAGAACAGAAUCCGAAUGGUGGAAGGGCACUGGUGGCGGGAGGCAUCAUUAGGGAAAGUGCACCUCGGUUUAAGAACAGUUUUGGUUUAAGAACGGACUUCUGGAAUGGAUUGAGUUCAUAAACCCAGGUACCAAUGUACAGUGGUACCUUGGGUUACAUACGCUUCAGGUUACAGACUUCACUAACCCAGAAAUAGUACCUCAUGUUAAGAACUUUGCUUCAGGAUGAGAACAGAAAUCGUGCUUCAGCGGCACGGCAGCAGCGGGAGGCCCCAUUAGCUAAAGUGGUGCUUCAGGUUAAGAACAGUUUCAGGUUAAGAACGGACCUCCAGAACAAAUUAAGUACUUAACCCGAGGUACUACUGUAUUCUGUUGGGAACUACCCAGAGUGGCUGGGGAAACCCAGCCAGGUGGGCGGGGUAUAAAUACUAUUAUUAUUAUUAUUAUUAUUAUUAUUAUUAUUAUUAAAUGAUUUUAUGUUGCAAACCACCCUGGAGCCUAUGGAUGGAGGGUAGUAUUCAAAGUUAAUUAAUUAAUCAAUCAUCAUCGCUGAGCCCUGCAGCACCUUCCCCCCCGUCCCCCGCUCGCCUUGGCACCCGGGGCAAGCCAACUGGUUGCCAGUGGUGGACUUUGGGGUUUCAGAUUUCAGCAGCGCCCUUCACGAUGCCUCCCACAAUCGUUGCUUUGCCCUCUUAACUUGGUGCCUAGAGUGGGCAAAGCGAUUGCUGUCCCCUAACCAUAGCUGUCAACAUUUUCCUUUUUUUAAGGGAAAUUCCCUUAUUCCGAAUAAGAUUCCUUGCAAGAAAAGGGAAAAGUUGACAGCUAUGCCCCUAACCCCACCUCUGUGGCCAGUGGCAUAGCAAGGUCAGGUGGUACCCGGUGUGGAAAAUUUCUUGUCUCCCCCAUACACAUUGAAAUGUUUGUUUUAUUUUUGCCUGCAAAAAUGGUUUGAUUUUAUUUCAUAUUUUUUGGAGGGGAACCAGAGUUGUUGAGCUUUUUUUUUGCAGAGAUCAUGCACCUUGCGACGAGGAGUCUGCCGGCCACCCUACACCCAAAGCCUUUUGCACACACCAAAGCCACAGUGUCUCUCCCAGACGUUCAAUGCCACACAGCAUUUCUUCACACACCUCAGAGGUGACACCCAGGGCAAACCGCACCCACCUUCCUCCACCCCGUCUGUGGCUGCCCACUGUGAUGCCAGCCUUGUUGGCCCAUCGGCCAGAUCCAGCCCCCUCUUUCGACGUCUUCACUCCCUCUCCCCAUCCUGCUGACCCUCUUUCUCUCCCCUCCGUUCUCCAGGUUCCACCUGCAAGAGGCCGGCAGACAGAGCCUGCGACAGAGGCCAAUGUGGAGGUUCCUGCUCCUCCUCUGCCUGCCCCCUCUGGGCUCCGGGACGCCUCCCGGCCCCCGCCUGCCAGCGGGGCUCAGCGACAACAACUCCAGCCAUGGGCUCCAGGCCCCCGGCACGUCCCCCACCCCCCCACCGGUGACCCCCACCCUGCUGCCCACCCACAGCGAAGCCCCUGGUCUGUCCCUGAACCUGGGGCUCAACUUCAAGAUCAAGGUGCGAGGCAAGGGCCGGGCGGGUGAGGGGCCGGCCAGCACAAAGCCCCCCGCCCAGCCAGCUGCCUCCACCCACUCCCAGGCGCCGGGCGCCAGUCGCUUCUGGGCAGAGGCCCCGGGGGGCUCCGGGUGGCAGGCUAGCAUCCCUGCUGAGGAGCUCCCCCCUGGGCCGGGGGAGUGGGCCUGGGGUGGCCCCCUGGCACCCGCUGACCCCAACCUCCCGGGCCCCGGACCCACCCCUCAGCACCCGCUGACGCUCUGGCCCAGGCUGACGGAGAAGGCCUUGGCUGCCCCCGUGGGCGAAGACAGCAAGGAGCUGGAAUUCAAGAUCGACAUUGACCUGACGGCCGGGCUGGGCAAGGAGGGUGGCCUGGCACCCAACAGCAGCAGUGGCGGCGCUGCCAGGCGGUACCCGCUGCUCCCUGGGCUCCGGGUGGGGAUCUCGGAGAUUGCCAGCAAACUGGGGGGACCGGGUGAGUAUCUGUUGCAAGGGGAGGGAGGGAGGCCAACAUUAGGGGGCGCUGGAGCCCAUGACUAGGAAGAGGUGCCUCCUCCUAGCUUCGCCCCAUCUUCCGCCUCCCUGCUGAGUUCCUCCAGAGUUGAACUGUGGAAUUCCCUGCUGCAGUGACAUCCAACUCAUUUGGAAGGCUUUAAAAAGAGGGUUGGAGAAAUUCAUGGGGCAAAAGAGGCUUUCAAUAGCUCUGCUCUGCCUCUCGGUCGCUCAGAGCUGGAGAGAGUUGCUGCUCCGCUCGGAUCCCAUUUGCAGAUUCCCCAUUGGGAAAUCUGGUCAGCCACUGGGAGAGCAGGUCUCUGGACUAGAUGGGCCCUUGGCUUGAUCCUGCAGGCUCUUCUUAUGGGUGGCUGGUGCCCCUUGGGAGGGAAUAUUAGUAACAAGUAUAUUUCACAAUUUUAAAACAGGAAAUCUAUGAUUAAUAAUAAUAAUAAUUUUUUAUUUAUACCCCUCCCUUCCCGGUUCAGAAAACUGGGCUCAGGGCGGCUAACAACAAAUUUAAAACAAUUGAUGCAACAAAAAACAGCAUAAGAUACAGUAUAAAACAUGAAUAACAAUAAAUUCAGAAUUCAAAAAUCAAUUUAGGGGGGAAAUCCAUCCAAUAAACAUUAGAUGAUCACCAGGUCUAGCUGGCUAAAUUAGUCCUAUUUGGGCCAGUGAGGAGACCAGGGGAGAAUUAGCUGUGGGAUCCCAGAGCGGGUAAUCUUCAUAAAAGGGGGAGGGGGAGGGAAGGAAGGGGAAUAAAAGAUCAGGCUAAGUUCAAAUUGAAAGCCAGGCGGAAUAGCUCUGUCUUACAGGCCCUGCAGAAGGAGGUUAAAUCCUGCAGGGCCCUGGUCUCAGGGGACAGAGCAUUCCACCAGGUUGGAGCCAUCACUGAGAAGUCCCUGGCCCUGGUGGAGGAUAGUCUGACUUCCUUAGUGCCUGGGACCUCUAAACUAUGAUGGAGUCACAAAUAGUACAAUUCAAUCAAAAUUGCAUGCACCAAAUUAAAACAAGUAGUCAAAUAAUAUCACAGAGGCAAACAAGGCUUUCAACUGAAUUUUCCGUUUAAAAAUUGUGAAAUAUACUUGUGACUAAGAUUCUUAUUAGCCAUGUUUUCCCUGUGAUUGUUUAGAGUUUGUCUAUUUUUGCAAUCCAGGGGAUUUCCUUUGUUACACCUUGGGAGGGGUAGGGCAGGAGGCUGGGAGGCCAACAGUAGGGGGCACCAGAGCAGAGCCAAACCAUUACAUGUUCCUCUUCCUCUUCCUCUUCCUCCUCCUCCUUAGGCCGUGCCACCCUCUGGACUGGCUGCAAAGGGGGCAGGGCAGGUGGGGGCUGGCUGGGUUCCAAUAGAGAGGUUGGUGGGACAGCAAGCAGCCUCCAUUGAGUUGGCACAGAAUGACGCUGAACCCUGGAAGAUCCCAGGGAAACAAAAGCAGGGCAGAUAUCGACUCGCACCUUCCAGUGGUUUGCAGCAGCCGGUCUGCAGAGGCGUCACAGCCUCCGGCUGAGGAGGGCACAGCAUGGCCAUCCUGGCUAGGAUCCCUUGACAGCCGUUGGCCAUGCCAGGCUCUACCUGAAGCAGCUGCUCCCUCUCCAGCUCGGCUGUGUGGCACAGCCAUCUUUGCCCAGGCCUGCCGUGGCGCAGCGGGCAAGAAGCAAGGCCUCUCUCGCGAUGGAGCCAGGCAGAGUAGAGAAGCAUCUCCUCCGUGGCCAGACAAAGGGGAUUCCUUAGGGAUUCUUCAGCCAUGAUUCCUGCAUUGUAGCGGGUUGGACUAGAUGAGUCUUGGGGGUCCCUUCCAACACCACAGUUCUGUAUUAAACAAAAAUCUGGCCUUAUUCCCUUAUGGGGGACAUGGGAGCCCAUAUAGAGUCCUUUGUAGGUUCUCCAUCGGUCAGAGAAAAGAACAGAGGCCAACCAGAGAAUAUUGAGAAGCAAAGCAGCUUGUAAGCUUGAUCUUUAUUGAACUGUUGCAACAGGUGCUCCCUCACAUGCAGGAGGAGGACCCAGAACCAAGGUGUGUCCGCCCUUAUAUAGACAUUUUAAAUUGCCUGCCCUGGAGCUCAAGACCACCCCCAGAAACAUCAUACCUACAUCACUGAAAAGGUGGUCUACAACAGAAAUCUGAGUGCGUUGUUUACCUCCUGUCUGGCAGGAUACCUGUUAAUGCUUACUUGAUUGGAUACCCUGCGGAGCCUGGCCAGUCUUUUGUAAUGAUAAAUACUUAGUUCCUGAAUCCAGGUCACAGGCUCACCCUAUUCAUACACAGACAUAGCCUUAAGGCAGGAUUUGUGAAGAAAAAGACAAUGGGGAGGCUUUUCUAUUUUCCUUUGACCUUGCAGAGAAAUAUUUGAGGUCAAUUUGGGAGGGACAAAAUGGUUUCAGGACUUUUUCUGUGGCGUUUCAGACAUGUGGUUUAUAUAUGCAGUUAUGAACAUUUAUCUUUUAUAUAUAAGACCUUACAGUUUUUUAUUUCACUUCUAAGCUGCUUUGCAAGUGUCUGGGAGGGUCUGGCACUGGUCUAGGUGCCUGGUGGCCUUGUGGCGGGACGGAGAGAGGGGAGCAGCGCCCCCGAGCCCCUCUCAAUUCUCCGCUUCUCUCCUCAGGCCUAUUUGGAUCCACGCUGCCGCCAGAACCUCCCAAGUGGAACGUCACAGGCAGCGCUGCGGAGCAACCUGGGGGCUCCUACCCGACCCCAGAGCAAGGUGAGAGUGUCAGAGAGGCAGGCGAGGGAAGAUGGGAGGGAGGAAGAGUUGGUCCCAAGAUGCUCACCUGA